CGACCACGUGACGUCGAAUUAUAUCUGAACUGUAUACCCACAAAAAGGGCGUAUAAUAUAACAGUUACUUCUACUAAUACCAGAGACACUGUACGUUUGUAGCAAAUCGUCCGGACAAAGCGUGCCGUAGAAAAGUUGCUGUAAGUGUAACGCGUCGGUGGUAUCUACCGUUCACUAUGAGUGAGAACUUUGACAAUUCAAAUGCUGGUGGUUUUAAUAACGACGCUCCCCCGCAGUAUCCAGGUGUAGCUGAACCUCAUGGAAACAAACCACCCAACCCGAACCAACAAGCAUAUCCCUCGCAGCCACCUGUUGCUACGCAACCAAUUCACACAACCACAACUAUUGUCUCAGGUCCAUAUGGGACCGUGUACAGAGACAUCCCAGUCAACGUGCGUUGUGCCUCGUGUAACACCGACAUCGUAACCGUCGUCAACCACACAUUCGGGGUAUUGACCUGGCUGGUCUGUGGUAUUAUCUGUUUACUUGGCGGUUGGUUACUAUGUCUCUGUCUCAUUCCGUUCUGCAUCCCCGCCUGCAAGGACGUCGUUCACACCUGUCCUAACUGUCAUGCUACGAUUGGUAAAUACGACAGACUGCACUGACUACCGGAAGCAGAUGAUGCGCAUGCGUUGUUGAUGUUACGGAUAUUAUUCUUUGAUGAUGAUGACUGGAUACUUGACAUACAGUCUUCCGACUUUUAGACUGUAACUGUGAUUUCUGUAAAUAUUUAAUAACACAAUAACCAUUCAUUGGUUGAUGGUGACACCGACUGAAUAGUAACUUGAGUAGUAAAUAGUUCAGUGGCUGCACUAUAGAAAACAAU